AUGUUGGUCGUAUCUGCGGGCGAAAAUCCACGUCCAGAUUUUGAAGAGUCUUUGCGUGUUGUCAAGAUUGAUGACACUCAUUACGUUGGUGCUCACUGCUUGAGGAAACCAGCUACUAUGGCCAGAGGUAUUUAUGGAGGGCAUAUGAUUGCGCAGUCGCUAUUGGUUGCUAUAGAGUCGACAAGAUCGGAAACAACUAACGAAGUGAUGAUUCCAGAUUCAUAUCAUUCAUUUUUCAUCAAUGCAGGAAACAACAAGACCCCCAUGGAAUAUGAAGUUUUGAAGUUGUAUGACGAUGAGUUUAUGAGCAAGAGAUCCAUUGUGGUGUCGCAACAUGGAAAGAAUAGACUUACAUGUCUCGUUUUAUUGAGGAGACAAGGAAUGAAACCAUUGCACAAGAUGGAAGAGAGUAUUUCUCCACCAGAUAUUCAAACCCGACACCCUGACCCUGAUAAGUUACAUCAAGUCCAGCACACAGAUUUUUGCAGAAACGCAUUCGAUGAUGAUUUUGUGGAUUACAGAAGAACCCCUGAAGAAAACAAAUUACACUUUGCCGAACGUUGGAUAUCGGUGUUUACUGGGUUGAAAAAUAUCCCCGAGCCAGGAACUAAAUACGAGAAAGUAAAGGAUUCCUUACCAGAUGCUUUAGGGAACGUGCAAAAAUUCGAACAUGAAAUACUUCGACCAAAAAAUUCGCAAUCGGUAAAGAAUCCCAUUUACAACUACGUGGGACUUGGCGAGAUUUCCGAUAGCAGUUUCAUCACGACAAUGGCGCGAGUAUUACACAUUCCUUGGGCUCCAUCAAUAGAGUUGGGUCAUGAAUAUGACCCAGACCGUGACGCAACGUACUUGAUGAGAUCAUCAUUGAAUGCACUUCACAUAUUGCAUUAUAAUGCUAUGUCAUUGGACCAUCAUAUAUAUUUUCACAAUACCGAGUACGAGCCAACAGAUGGGACAGCAUUCGAUAUCAGCAAAGACUGGUUGGCAUUUUCCUACCAAAUGAAGAGAUAUAGCAACAGUAGAAUACUUGCUCGUGGGUACAUGUUUAACGAAAACAGGAAAUGUAUUGCUACUGUGAUUCAGGAAGGAUUGGCAAUUUUGCAAGAUGGGGUUACCGCCACGGCAGACAAGGCUCGUUUAUAA